AUGUGGGUCCUCCACCGAAAUAUCUAUCUUCGAUCUCAUGCUUUUUUGUUUGCUUUCUGGGCACGAACUUCGCAUUCGACCCGGACCUGUCUUCAUAACUUCGAAGACAAUUGGUGGCAGCUAGCCCCUUCUGCUGAACCAGAAGAUCCAAUCACCGAGCUCUUUCCCAGCUUGCUUGACUGUCCCCUUUCCAACUGGGCUUCAGGGCCGAACGAAUCACGGAUGGCAUCGGAGAUUCUAAACUACCCCAAUUCCGUGUUGCAGCCACCGCUAACCAGACAGGACAUUCAUCAGUCAUCCCAAGCCUCUCUCACUGAUGAAGAAAUAUUCUGGCGUGAUUUACAAGUUAACACUCGGAGGAGCAAUAAAGAGUUAGGCUCAAGAAAGUGCAUCAAACAUAGUCACGGGCAUCUGUCUUUUCCCCAAGAGACAUCAUUUUAUUCGACAGUGAACUCAGGCUCGGCGCACGAUCAUGGCAACGUGAAGACAGUUCCGAACGGCGCGAGCUCAAGCGGCGAGAGUGAAGUGAAUGAAGGCCAAAUUCCAACUCAGGACAAUAUGUUUAUGUUGCUUGAUGAAUUGGGAAUCAGCACAACAGCUCACCCCCCUCCGAAUGUUCGAAAUGUUGCAGAGCUACCGGCACCCAUUGACAGUAACCAACCUCAAUUGAGUGAAAAUUUGAAGCAAUUUGAAAGCAAUCGUGUCCGGCUCACGCAAUCAGUCAGUCCAACAGGUGACCCCACCCAAAUUGCUCUCACGGCUGCAGAACCACCGAUUUCUAUCAACAGCGACCAGCCCAAGAUGAGUAGAGCUUUGCAGAAGAUCAAGCACAAUCGUAUCCGGCCCACGCAACAAGCCCCUCCAGCCAGUAGGCAUUCUCGGAUGGGGAGUGAAAUCGCGAUACCGAUUAUAUACGAAUACGACAACGCGCUAGAGAAGAAGCUAGAAAUGAAUUACCUGAGAGCCGUAGCAAUCCCAUGGGAAAAUAUGCCUCCAUUGCCCACAGUUUCUAAGCUCAAGGAAGGCAAGCACGGAUUCAGGGCCAUAAGAAUCGCCAACAACACCGGGAAGCAACAUCAGUCUUUCGUGAUUAUGAAAUUGCUUUACAGGAGGUUGCUUUUACAGAUUUACAAUUCCCACUUAAGAUUUCUCCAUCCACCAGAUGAGCACACAAUGCACGUAAGAAAUAUAUUUGACAGGAUGGACCAAGAAAUCUUCAACCCUGAAACCGGUGUCCCUCUCUGGGGUAGGACAGCAAAAGGUUUGAAAGAAGAAUUUCCAAAAUAUCAGUGGGGCAAGAUACAGAAAGUUUUGGCAAGAUAUCUCUCCAGUAGUCCCAGGGAUAAAAGUCCACUUGACAGAUUGGCAUCUCAUCUAAUUAUAAGGUCUUAUUACGGAGCUCACGAAUAUGAUCAAAAGACAUUGGGAAUUCAUCUCCAAGCCACUCAGCAUACAGAUGCAUUGAAAAAAGCUCUCAUGGACCCAUAUUUCCGGCAAAGGUAUGACUUUAUUCUCAAACUAUCAUCCGGUGACAAAAAAGUGAAGAAAGUAAUCAAGCACGAAGGAAGAAAAUGGGCCCCAGACCACCUCAGCAGCAUACUCUAUCGAGAAACCGCUCUAGAGUUUGAGAAGAAAUUCACCAAUUCACAAGGAAAGAGAGACCAAGACAAUGAAAAAAUAAAGCAUGCAGAUUUACCUAUUGUUUUGCUAUUGGGAAAGAAGAUUGGAACUUUAGAAAGCAUGCAAGUUUUGGCACCUCCUACAUCACAACAGUUCCCAUACUGCCUCCGCCCAUUUCUGGUGGUUUAUAAACAGCUGAUUAAGGUGGUAGAGUUGCUUCAUUCAAAGAUCCUAAAGCAGCUGGACAUAACAGUUGAUCAGGAGAUACAAAUGAGGAAGGAUGUGUUAAAUUGGAUUGGUCAAGAGAUUACAAGCCCCAAAGAAGGCUACCCUGUCUUUGGAAAAAUCUCAAGUGAAGUUGAUUAUUCGACUCUGGUAGGACAGAUGCUUGCUGGUGUUCCAGUGUUUGGGGCGGUUCAGUUGGCAAUGAUUCAUUACUUCUCUACCUCAAUAAAAGAUUAUUUUCCUCAGGCUGCAUCUACGGCGGCAAUUGUUCUGGCAACUUGGUAUCAAUUCAAUCAUCCAAAUGAGUUUCAUAUUCUGUCUCUUCAAAACAAAAUUCCAAAAAAAAGAAAACAGCCACAUUAG